ACGCCGAGCGCUAAUGCCGACGUAAGAACAAUGGGCGUGUCUACGGCAAUGUCCGGCGCCCCUCGUUACCGUCCAAGACCUGUGCUGCUUGUCCCCGAGUCUCUUGUUCAAAGGCCUGGUACUCUCUACCUGCUAUUGUUCUUCGGCAAUUGUCCCUACAAUGUCCACAAGAAUGAUCACAAGCGAGCUAUUAUUCUCUGGCGGCUGCCACUUCGUAUAUAACCUGAGUCCGCGUAGACCGUCCCGCUACUUCACUACCCUCUUCCGGCUCUGGGAGCAUCUAGCCAGGUGCACGCGUCUCGUCAACAUUCACGAACCCUAGUCUUUCCUUUAGUAUAACGCUCUCUAGCUGGUCUACCCGCUUUUCAGUAACUUCACGCCGAACAUAAGACAUCAUGAUCGCUGGUCUCUCGAGGUUCAUUAACACGCUGCUUGCGCCUAUACUGGCCUUGACCUCACUUCUGCUCAUCUUGUUUGCCUACUUGGCACCCACAUUGAUGUUGUCGACACAAGUCUCCCUUCUGAUUGUCUCGCCGUCGACGGCCCUGACAUCUCCGGGUUCAUCGAACACGUCUGUAGACGGACCUACGGUAUUCUUCGGGGCCCUUGGAUCCUGCGCACGGGCAAACGCUGAGACUGCCGUGAACUGCACCGCGCCCACGGUCUCUCCCUCGUAUGACCUGUCUGUAUUGCCCUCCAACGCCCCCGACCUUCUGGACGCACCGACUGCCACUACCCCAGUAUUCAUCGCCAUCUCCCUGGCGCUCACUGUGAUCUUCCUCUUCAUGUUCACCUUCACCGCGCACCGUGCGUUCCUGGGUAGAGCCGGAGUGAUGUUCGAGCGCCCGCAAAUCCAGCGUGCAACCGCCUGGAUUGGCUUCCUGGGCUUCAUUAUUGGGAUUGUCUCCUUCCUCGUGCUCUUCAUGUGGUUCACGAAGGCCGUUGAUGACUUCAACGACGACAUCAAAAAGACUGGCAGCGAUGCACCCGAGCUCAUUGCUUCCACGAGCAACGGCUUCAUCAUGGUCUGGGUUGGUUAUGCGUUCUACGCGGUUCCGCUAGUCAGCUCCCUCUCCAAGCUGCACGUCCUCACUUCUGGUGGCAAGGCGUGAAAAUGGUCACAGCAGUGCUUGUGACCGAUGGACUUCAUUUUGGCCGGACAUUCUCAAUGUAGCUUUAGAUUGCGAGCGUGCACAUCGCUUCUGUAUCCCCUAAUGUGGCUUAUACUUGUAAUGCCCACAGGGCCAUAAUCGAUCUGUUGUUGGAUCAA